AACCGCGUCUUACGCCCGCAAAGUGGUGGCAGCGAGCAAGUUUAACAGCGGUGUAUACGGGAAGGAUCGCGGCGUAGUACAGCAGCAGUAUUUUAAGACGGAUCGCGGCGUAGUACAGCAGCAGUAUUUUCAGACGAGGACCAUUUAGACCCCUUGCUAUCAGCGUAAAUUGUGUCUAAAUGCUCAGGCUAGGAUACUCCACGGAGGUGACGCUCCACCUAACACUACUUGUAUCAGAUAUAAUCUGCUUCGGAAUGAUACCUAAACCAUGUAAUGUCUCCUUUUAUUCACUGAACAUGAGAAACAUUUUGGUGUGGCAUCCAGGAGAAGGAGUCACUGAAAAACUGAACUACACUGUACAGUACUUAACGUAUGGAAAAAAAACAAAUGAAUAUGUGAGACAUUGUAUAAACAUUGCCAGUCUGUCAUGUGAUCUCUCAGAAGAGACCAGGAAUCCUGAUAGUGCAUAUUAUGGACGCGUAAAGGCCAGCUUAGGAGAUAACUCAUCAGAAUGGGCAUAUACAAGAAAAUUCAGACCCAAGUAUGAUACUUUAUUUGGACCUCCAGCAUUGGACCUGAUUCCAGAUAAAGAAGCAAUUUUAAUCAUUAUAAAAGAUCCAGAAGAUUGGCAAAACAACAGCAAAACUAAAAGGUCAAUGGCUGAUUACUAUCCUUCAUUGCAAUACAACAUUACUGUCUACAAUGACAAGACACGUCGAUCGUUCUUCUUUCUAUUAAAAAAUAAUUCAAUACGACUGUCCAGCUUACACAGUGGUACAAAAUACUGUGUCUCUGCCAGCUCACAUGUUCAGUUGUUUUCUAAAUACAGUAACCUUUCAGAUGAGGUUUGUGUAACCACACCACAAGAUGCACUUUGGGGAACAAUGAUUUUCAUCAUUUAUGCAUGCAUUUUGACCCCAAUAAUCAUACUCUCACUCAUUGCUGUUGGUGGAUGCCUGAUGUAUCGUUAUGUUUUUGGAAAUAAGCAAGUGCAGCCUAAUAACCUGGUUCUACAACAUCAUUGUGAAACUCAGAAGGAAAUUGUGCUUCUUCCAUGUGAUGAUGUCGCUUUGAGUAAAAUUGCUUUUUCUGCUAUAAACUGGUCUUCCAUUGACCCAGCUAGAAAAGGUCUUCAGACAUUGGAGCAAGAACUGGAAAAAGUUAUAAGCUAUGCACCCCAGUUAACUGCAUAUUUGCCAUCCCACAAUCAAUCCUCAAACGACCAUGGGUCAGAAUGCAUCCUGAGUGAUAACUGUGAAUAUGGAAUAGUGACGUCAACUGAACAGCCAUGUGGUGUGGAUGAAGUAGAGAACAUCGCUUGCCAGUCUCAGACAGGAAUCUCUUUAAAUACGUCCAUUCCCCCUUUGGACUCUCAGAUCAAUGCACUGAUAAAGCAACAAAAUCAGAAAGCAUGCAAAUGUGCCUAUGUAAUGCAAACAGUGAUAGUGACUUCCAAGAACAGUGAUCAGAGCAAGCUGGUCCCAAGCUUAGACUUUAAAAACGAGGACGGACAAGGAGAAGACAGUAACAUUUUUAUUGACUGGGACUGUGAAAUGCGUAGGCUAAAUUUUCCUAUACUUGAACAUGAGGAAAAUGAAGAACAGGAACUUCAUCCCUGUGUCGUCCAGGAGGAAACAGAAAAACUUCUUUCAACAGUGUUUGUUAGACAGUGUUCAGAAGAUAUCAUUAAUAAUGAAGAUGUUUAUUUAACUAAGUUAAUAUCAGACUGGGAGUUGAAUGUGAACAUGGACAGUUGAUAGCUGUCUUUUGAACACUUGUGUCCCAUUAAAUGUCAGUUGUCUGGAUGUAGCUUCACAUCUGAAAAGGUUUCUGACACUUUUAAAACAUUACCAGAUACAUUUUGGAGCCAGUAACGUACAGUUCUAGAAUGACCAAAAGGUGGGUAUUGAAAAGUACCAAAGACAAGCUGUUUAUUCUGUUAAUGGAAGUGAUGUCAUAUUCCCUUUAUGUAAGGAUGACUGAUCAACAUUAUUUUUUAAUAACCGAUUUUUCACAGUUAUUUGUGAUCUUAAUGCUUCCUAAUAAAUCUCCACAUUAUAUGUAAUUCUCUAGCCUGUAAUUUGGAAACCCUUGUUAAAGUAUGUGGAUGUAUUCUGUUCUUAACAAUCAAAAAAGAAUUUCACUUUUCAGAAAUGUAACUAUUGAAUUUCAUAAUUGCCUAAAGUUAGCCAAAGUCACUUGUCACAGUCAGAGACGUAUAACAUUUCUGCAUUAAAAAUUUCUUUAGCAAUAUGAUUUAUACAUUAUACCGAGUUCUUUGCAUAUCUGAUAUGCAAAGGCAGCAUUAACAUGAGAUUGGGCCGUCUAACAACUUAUUUUACACUAGACAUUGAUUCAUUUAAUUGGAUUCAAAAUUUAAAGCCAAUUGUCUUAUAUUUAGUAAAAAGGGAAAAAUAGUGAAGCCUGCUAUCAUGUGUCAACUGACUGAAGGACUACGUGAACUGUACAAAGGAAGCUGAGGAAGACGCAUAUUUCUUAAAAAAGGUCCUCAUCAUUUCAGUUAAGUGCUUUGAUUUUCUUUGCAUUUACUGUUCUUCAAUUUGAUCUCUUCUGUUGUCUGCUACAAGAACUAUCAAAAUACUUCUGACUUCAGAAUGUUGUAGCCUGAAAACCUUUUAAGUACUUUCUUUAGAAACAGGUAGGGUUUCUAAAACAAUAAUAAGUUGAAAUGUAAAUGCCCACAGUGUACUUUGUUAGCCACACUUUAACAAACGAGUUGCUUUUAUUUGAAAUGUUAUACUUGCCUUCAUAGUCCCUUGGAAGAUCUCGUUUUUUUAAGGUUUAUUUUAUACAGGAGUGACUUCAUGCACAUGGAUGUAUUAUGGUAACAAAGCUCUCUUUUAAAUAUAGCAAUUGCUAAUUUUGUUUAACUUUCAACAGCAUGCAGUUAGUUGUCUUUGUGGAAAUGCAACCAUUAUGUGUAUCAUUCUCGUUGCCCUCAGGACCCCAGUGCAAUGUGAAAUAACGUCACUUUGAAAGAAAACCUGUACCUGCACAAAUCCCAAUAUCACCGUUUUCCCAAAAUCAAAACCAAUGUUUAAGUUUUAUAUUUUGAACUAAAAAUAUAUAAUUAACAAAUAAUUUUUAAAGCCAUUCUGACACCAUUUGAAACAAAGAGCCUCAUCCAAGCACUCGACUAGCCGAGACACGACAGAUGUAAUGAAGAGUGUACAGUAUUUUAAACUGACAGUAUCAUCUUUAUUUAUAAAUGAAGUAUUUUCAUGUUUCUUUAUUCUCUUCUUAAAUUAAAAUGUUUUUGUGUGUGCUCUCCUUUUGCCUGGGCGAAUGUUCUUCUGAUUAUUGGAGAAUUUCAUUUACCAGAUGUUUAUAGUCAUCAUAAGUGUGCUGGAAACUUUGCACAUUAAACCGUUACUCUUCUAAAUUGCGUUAUAAUGUUGUAAACAUUGAAGAAAAGUACACGGUUUCUUCUGUAAGCUUAAAAUGAAUAAUGGGAAAUUUGCACACAGUGAUGACUCUUAUUGGUCAAGCUGUACAACGUAAAAGGUGUUAUUUGCUUGUUAUGACCUUGGUUUCUGUAAAUUCUGCUUUCAGCACAAGAGGUGCUGACAGUCCGUUUAAUUUGUUUACUAGAAAAAUGUUGGGUUGCCAUCGGUUUGUGGAGUUCUUUAUUAAUACCUGCAGUAAGCCAGUUUAUAGUUUAUAGUGCACUUUUUCUUAAUUGCCAUCUUCAUAGUCAGAGUUAAUAAAAUAUGCAAGAGUUAUUUAUAUAAGCAAUCUAAUAAGAAUACAAGGUAUAUACAUGUAUUUGCAUUUUUAAGAAGAAUUUCAUUUUUAUUUACAAAAGUGUUUUCCAACAAGACUGCAUUGUUUUUAGAAUAUCUUUAACCAUUUAUUCAAUAAAUAUUCG